GGCGCAACUUGCAGGACAGAAACCAGCUGCGACUCGGUCUUUCGUUUCGUAUCACUGUGGAAAAUGCCAUGCAGGAGAUGCACGAUUUUCAGCAGUUUGUCUAUCCUGGCCGGGCGAUUGUGGUUGAGGUGGACUCGACGCCUUGUUCUCAUGUGUGGACCGUGGUGUGGGUUACUGGCUCGCGGCGCCGUUCGCCUGAGCCGGUCCAGUUUAGGGAAGACUGGAUCUGAUGGUGUGAGCUUGGAUGAAGUCGUUUGCGAUGUGAGUGGAGGAUACAGCGUCAAGUUGGAUCUUUUCAGCGAUCGAGUUCCGUUUCAGAUAUUGCAAAAGACUGGUGGACGGUAGCCGCGAUAUGAGGAGGACCGACUAGGACGCUCUGGACAAAGCGAUGGAGAUGGUUUACAG